AUGAUCCGCACCGGGAGCGCCGCGCGGAACCUCCGCGCGGUGGCGCUCGCGCUGUGCAGGAACAAGCCCCUGCUCCUGGAAGGCCCCGCGGGCGCGGGUAAGAGCGCGGUGCUCGAGGAGGUGGCGUCGCUCACGGGCAACGACGAUUUCGUCGUCCUCCACCUGGACGCGCAGACGGAUUCCAAGUCGUUGCUCGGUUCGUACGUCGUCGGAGCAGCGCCGGGCGAGUUCAAGUGGCAGCCCGGGGCGCUGACCCAGGCGGUGGCGUCAGGGCGGUGGGUCGUCAUCGAGGACGUGGACCUCGCGCCGUUCGAGGUGCUCGCCGCGCUGGUUCCCCUCCUGGAGGAGCGAAGGCUCUACGUACCCGGGCGAGGCGAAUCCGUGCCCGCCGCCGAGGGGUUUCAGCUCUUCGGCACCGUCACCGUGGGUGGGGGAAGGAGCGGCGGCGCCGCCGCGGCGGGGGCGCGCGCGGAUCCACUCGCGGGGCUGGUUCACGCGGGUCGACCGUUCACCCUCCGCGACUUACUCCGAUGGGCCAGGCGCCUCGAACGGAUGCGAAAGACGGAACUGUCGCUCAUCCGACCGGGCAAGACGAGGGCGGAUUCGCUGCCGCCGAAGGUGAGGCUCGCCGCGUACGAGGAGGCGGCGGACGUCCUAGGCGGGAUGCUGCCCGCGGGGGUUGGCAAGCGUCGGGUGCUCGAGGCCAUGGCGGGGUGCUGGGGCCUCGGCGCCGACGCCGCGGAGCACACCGACGUCCUCCACAAGCCCGCCAUGCAGCGGGGCUCGGGCGGGGUCGCUGUGGGCAGGGCGGUGCUCCCCGCCGGCGACGGCGUCUCCGCGGCGGACGGUUCGGACGGGCGGUGGGCCAAGACGGGUCACGCGAUGCGGAUCCUGGAGCGCGUCGCCGCGGCGGUUCAGAUGACGGAGCCGGUGCUGCUCGUGGGUGAGACGGGAACUGGUAAGACGGCGCUGGUGCAACAGCUCGCGAGGGUCACGGGCGCGCCUCUCACCGUGGUGAACCUGUCGAAUCAGUCCGAGUCGGCGGAUUUCCUCGGCGGGUUCAGGCCCGCGGGCGCGAGGCACCUCUGCCUCCCGCUUCUGCCGAGGUUCAGGUCCGUCUUCGAGAGGACGUUUCCGAGCGCCGCAAACGCCGAGUUUAUGCACAGGGUGACUCGGUACGGGGAGAAGAAAAAGUGGACGCACCUGCUGCACGCGAUGCGCGCGGGCGUGGAGAGGGCGAAGAAGAAGCAGAAGCAGAAGCGCGCGUUACCCGACGACCUCAUCGCGGAGUGGCGACAGUUUGAGCGCGAGCUAUCCACCGCCGAGCGCGCGUGCGGCCAGGCUGGCGGCGGGCCCGUCUUUGCGUUUGUGGAGGGCGCGCUGGUCACCGCGCUCAAGGAGGGUCGUUGGAUCCUCCUUGACGAGAUCAACCUCGCUCCCGCCGAGACUUUGGAGCGUCUGGGCGGCGUGCUUGAGUCCGCUCACGGCAGUGUGGUGCUGUCGGAGCGCGGCGACGGCGCGGCGGUGCCGAGGCACCCGCGGUUCAGGCUGUUUGGCGCCAUGAACCCGGCGACGGAUGUGGGCAAGAGGGACCUGCCCGCGGCGCUCAAGCACAGGUUCACCGAGAUUUACGCGGGAGAGUGCGAAUCCAGAGAGGAUCUCGCGCUGCUCGUCAAGCAGGGCCUGCGGGAUACCGUGCCCGGAAGCUCGAUCGAGGCGAUCGUCGAUUUUUACCUCGCCGCGAGGAGGGACGCGGCUGCGACGCUUCUCGACUCUGCGGAUCAGAAGCCGCAGUACUCGCUGCGAACUCUGAGCCGAGCCAUGGAGUACGUCCGAGCCGCGGCGCCGGUGUAUGGGGUGCAACGGGCGCUUUACGACGGGUUCGCGAUGUCGUUUCAGACUCUACUGCAGGCGCCCUCGGCGGCGGCGCUGGAGACGCUCAUGGUGAAGCACUUGCUCAGGGGACAGCCGCUCAAGGCCAUAUUCAAGGCGCCUCCCGCGCCUCCCGACGGUACUCACGAGCUCAUCGAGCAGUACUGGGUCGAGGGAGGGGAUUUGGAGCGCGAGGAUCCCGAGGCGUCUGGCAGAUACGUGGUGACUCCGGGUGUUAAGACGCAUCUCUCGGCGCUUGCCCGAGCCGCGCUUCUACGCCGCCACCCGAUCCUGCUGCAGGGCCCGACGUCGAGCGGUAAGACGAGCCUCGUCGAGUACCUCGCGCAAAGGACGGGGCACAGGUUCAUGCGCAUCAACAACCACGAGCACACCGACCUGCAGGAGUACCUCGGGUCUUACGUCACAGACGCAAACGGUAACCUGUCGUUUCAGGAGGGUGCGCUGGUCCAGGCUGUGCGAAGGGGCUACUGGAUCGUCCUCGACGAGCUCAACCUCGCACCGUCGGACGUCCUCGAGGCGCUUAACCGACUCUUGGACGAUAAUCGCGAGCUUUUCGUGCCCGAGCUGCAGGAGACGAUCACCCCGCACCCGCACUUUAUGCUCUUCGCCACCCAGAAUCCCCCGGGCGCCACGUACGGCGGCCGCAAGGUUCUGUCAAAGGCGUUUCGAAACCGUUUCAUGGAGAUCCACGUCGGCGACAUCCCCGACGAGGAGCUCAAGACGAUUCUCAACAAACGAUGUGCGGUUGCGCCGAGCUACUGCGCGAAGCUCGUCGAGGUCAUGCGCGAGCUGCAGCGACGCAGGCAGGCCUCAAGAGCGUUCGCUGGCAAGGACGGCUUCAUCACCGCGCGCGAUUUGUUCAGGUGGGCAAACAGGCAGAGCAACGGAUACGAGGAACUCGCGGCGGAUGGCUUCCGGGACAUGUACGUCGCCGCGGAGGAGGGCGCCCUCAAGCUGAGGCUCGAUGAGGCCGCGGCUCGUGCGGCAAAGAGAGCCGAGGAGGCUGAAAAAAUGGCUUCGAGCGCAGUCGCCGCGGCUGACGCCAGAUCCGCGAAGCAGGACGCCUCCGACGCCGCGCAACUCUCCGAGGCUAUGGCGUGGACCCCGGCGAUGCGACGGCUGUUUUCGCUCGUCGAGGCGUGCAUGAACCACAAGGAGCCCGCUCUUUUGGUCGGCGAGACUGGCUGCGGUAAGACGUCGGUGUGCCAGCUCCUCGCGCUUCUCCGCGGGCAGAAGCUCCGGAUUCUCAACUGCCACCAGCACACGGAGACGGGUGACUUUCUCGGCGGGUUCAGGCCCACGCGUCCCACCGGCGCGGAGGCUGACGACGUGGACGGGGAAGAAGGCGCAGAUGGGGUCGUUGACAAGAAGGGAGCGGCUCCGUUCGCGUGGGAGGACGGUCCCCUCAUCAAGGCUAUGCGCGACGGCGACAUCCUGCUGGUGGACGAGCUCUCGUUGGCGGAGGAUUCCGUCCUGGAGCGUCUUAACUCGGUUCUCGAGCCGGGAAGGACCCUCACGCUGCCCGAGAAGGGCGGUAGCGAGGUUGAGGAGCUCGUGGCGCACCCAAACUUCCUGCUCCUCGCGACGAUGAACCCGGGAGGCGACUUUGGCAAGAAGGAGCUCUCCCCGGCGCUUCGCAACCGCUUCUGCGAGAUUUGGGUGGGAGCAACCGGGGACGCGUCGGAAAUGGAACAGAUUUGCGUGCGUCGAAUCCCCGAGCCGGAGCUGAAACCGUACGCGGGUCACCUCGCCAGGUUCUGGGAGUUUUACCGAGAGAUCGCGGGUCGGGGCGCCGCGCGGGCCGCGCUGCUGACGCGCGAUUUGGUGGCUUGGGCUCAGUUUGUGAGAGCCGCCGCCACUGGCGCCGGGUCCGCCGCGAGCGGUUGCAACCGCAGGUUGGCGCCCGCCGAGGCGUUCGCGCACGGCGCGUAUCUCACGCUCCUCGACGGCCUGGGCCUGGGCCUGGGUCUGCCGGAGGAGACGGCCAGGGGUCUCGCAGAGCAGUGCAAGAAGUUCCUGAGAGACGAGCUUCCUCCCGAGGUGAGCGCUGCCGCGAAUCCCGGCGGCGACCACCUCGCCGCCGCGACCGGCGACGGCGCCUUCAUCGACCGCGACGGCAUCUUCGGCAUCGCCCCCUUUGCCAUCCCCCGCGGCUCCGCGACUACGCCAAAGACGAUGAGCUUUGAGCUGUCCGCCCCGUCCACCCGUCGCAACGCCGCGAGGCUUCUCCGGGCGAUGCAACUCCCGAAGCCGAUCCUCCUCGAGGGUUCCCCCGGUGUCGGAAAGACCAGCCUGGUGUCCGCGCUGGCGAAGGCGGCGGGACAUAACCUGGUUCGCAUCAACCUCAGCGAGCAGACGGAUAUGAUGGAUCUCCUCGGGGCGGAUCUACCCGCCGACGGGGGCGCCGCCGGCGAGUUUCGAUGGGCCGACGGCGCCUUCCUCGCGGCGCUCAAGAACGGCGACUGGGUCCUGCUGGACGAGCUCAACCUCGCGCCGCAGCCCGUGCUCGAGGGUCUGAACGCGGCGUUGGAUCACCGCGCGGAGGUUUUCGUGCCCGAGCUCGGAGAGACGUUUCGGUGCCCGCCGACUUUUCGGGUGUUUGCCGCGCAGAACCCGGUGCAGGAGGGAGGCGGCCGCAAGGGCCUGCCCAAAUCGUUCCUGAACCGGUUCACCCGCGUGCACGUGGAACCCAUGGAGAGGUCCGACCUCGUGCACAUCACCGCCGCGCUCUACCCGACGGUGCCUAGGCUCGUCAUCGAGCGGAUGGUCCAUUUC